CUUGCGGCGCAAGAGGAUCUCGGCUGUCGAUCGCGGCCCGUUGUGGGCACCGUCAAGUACAGCAUUGUGUGUAGCAAACACUUCCGUGCGCGCGACUUCAUGACUGGGAUACAAGUGGUCAGUUGGGUGAAACCCAAGGCCGUUUUGUCACUUGCUUCUGAGUGGAGCUCAUGGUGCCAGCAGGAUCUCGGGGCACCUACAAGACUGCUCUGGCCCGUGUGCCGUGGACAUGGCAGGCGGGUGUCCGCGAGCCUGGGCUUGCUCGAGGUUCGUGGCGUGACGCUGACCUGUUCUGGCCACUCACUACACCCCUUGCCAGCUGGACGACCGGAGCACGAAGACAGUAGCCCCUUGAGCCGUCGUACUGCCUUGCCUGUUGUUCACCUUUGGAUUGCUCUGCCAGGACACUGCAAGGUUUGCCAGGAGUACCACUCUUCUCAGCCAGAAGUGUCAGCAGCAUUGGAGCGUACGUGCGCUGUCCCAAGACUACUUGACUAUCAUCGUGUGUGCUCGGACGGAGAGUGGAGUCCACCACGCGGCAAAACGAAGGGCAAGCACAGUGUAGGCUUGCACACAUCAAGGCGGAUGCUUGUUUGAAGCAUUGUAGGGUGGCGCUACUGUUCAUUUAAAAAAAUAGAGAUGUUAGCGCACAUUAAAAAAGCAUCCUACAUGUAGGACACUGGGCACAUAAUGGGUUAAGUUACAAUUAAAACAUGCAAAAUUCGUCUUCUUUGACAAGCUAAACACAGAUCUGAAUCACAACCCAAAACUUUUUUAGAAGUAUGUCAAGAUCAGCAGAAAAAUUGACACAGCUAUCCGUGACCUCCUAACUGAGGAAAAAACUAUUAACGGAUGAUUUGGAAAAAGCUUAAGCAUUCAACGCCUACUUUCAGUCAGUGUUUUUAACAAGGACUGAACACUCACCAAUAAUAUUUUCUAAAAAUAUUGGUAAUGAAAUGGCGACAAUUGAAAUUGACUACACUGGUUUGGAUAGUCUCCUGCAUACUCUGGACACCUCCAAGGCUAUGGGGCCUGAUGGUAUAUCAUCUCACGUACUUAACCCUUUAAUGCCUGAAUUAUGAAAGCACCGAAUAAAAAAAUUCGUUUUCCAUUUUUCAGCUUUAAA